ACCGGAAACAGGAAGUAAGUCAGUCUGUUGUAUGCAUGGUGGCGGUUUUGUUUGUGAUUAGUAUUUUCACGGGCAUUGUAACGUUAUUUGUGUAGGCUUUGAUCCACCGAAGACGUCUGAAGGCAUCUUAACAGAAGACCAGCUAACACCAUCGACGUUUUUUUUAUUUCUGUAGUCAUGAUUGAACCCAUGAAACGUGCUGCUGAUAUGGCAUUAGUGCCGACGGUUGCGAAGAGGCCCAGGAACGAACUUGUGGCCGCUGCACAGUCCCAGCAGCUGAUGACCACUGGACCUCCUCGCACUUCCAGUCUCCAGUCCCCGAUCAUGCUAUUGGCGGGACAUGAAGGUGAGGUAUACUGCUGCAAAUUCCAUCCCAAUGGAGCCACUUUAGCCUCGUCUGGCUAUGACCGUCUCAUCUUGAUGUGGAACGUCUAUGGAGAGUGUGAGAACUACGCCACACUGAAGGGCCAUAGUGGAGCGGUGAUGGAACUUCAGUACAAUACUGAUGGGAGCCUACUUUUCUCUGCCAGCACGGACAAGACCGUGUGUGUCUGGGACGCAGAGACGGGCGAGCGUGUGAAGCGUCUGAAAGGCCAUACCUCCUUCGUGAACUCCUGCUUCCCUGCACGCCGUGGCCCUCAGCUGGUCUGCACUGGCAGCGACGACGGUACCGUCAAGCUGUGGGACAUCAGAAAGAAGGCAUCUAUCCACACGUUUCAGAACACCUACCAAGUACUCAGCGUCACUUUCAAUGACACCAGCGACCAGAUCAUGUCUGGAGGCAUUGAUAAUGACAUCAAGGUAUGGGACCUGAGACAGAAUAAGUUGAUCUACAGCAUGCAAGGGCAUGGGGACUCUGUGACUGGACUUAACUUGAGCUCAGAGGGGUCCUACCUGCUCUCUAACUCCAUGGACAACACCGUGCGAGUAUGGGACAUCAGACCAUUCGCUCCCAAGGAGAGAUGCGUGAAAAUCUUCCAGGGCAACGUUCAUAACUUUGAAAAGAACCUUCUGCGGUGCGCCUGGUCCCACGACGGCAGUAAGAUAGCAGCCGGUUCUGCGGAUAGAUUUGUGUACGUCUGGGACACCACGUCUCGUCGAAUUCUCUAUAAACUGCCCGGUCACGCAGGGUCUGUCAACGAGGUCAGCUUCCACCCAGAAGAGCCCAUCAUUCUGUCUUGUUCCAGUGACAAACGGCUGUACAUUGGAGAGAUCCAAUAGACUGAUGACUUUCAAUGCAAUGGUGUAGAAAAACGUCUGGCGAUACUGUCAGCUGGCCAUAGGUCCUAUGUGCUGUUCACGCCAUUAAUAGGAUGUUUGUGGUGAUUGCUUGUGUGCAUAUGAGGGAAUGUAAGAGUUUUCCAGUCUCAUUUUCAAUUUUUUUUUUUUUUUUUAAUUGAGCCAAUAAGGGUUGGGUGUUUUUUAAGGUCUGUAUAUACUUUGUAACAGAAAAAAAAAGAAUAAAAAUUCUUAGAAAUG